CUUACUAAUGCUCAACUUAACGUCCAUAGUCCGCAAAAGACCCCAAGAAAACAUACAAACCAGUUCUGGAUAUGGCGAAGCUUAUAACCAAUUAUAAGUUAUAAUCCGAAAGGCUCAAUUUUUAAUAAAAAGAUGUGUUGUUCUUGCGGUUUUCCUUCGACACUUCACUCUGUAACUUAGCAAAUUUUCAUCUGUCACUUACUCCGUUCCGCAGGAAUCAAACAAAAGGAAUUCGUCUGAAUCAUUUUUCUUACUGUUUAACCAAUCAAGUUUGUAAUUUUAAAUUUCUUUGAUCUUGUUCGGUCAUUAUCAAUAGCCAAUUGUCAAACUUGUAUGGUGCUGUUCCUCAAAUCUAUUCACUGUCCUUAGAUCUCUACACUUGAGGCCCCUUUGAACUGGCCUGUAACAUGACAUAAUCCUCAAAGCUGUGACAGGCUUUGGCUCCUUGUUCAAAGAAAAUGGCAUGUAGAGUUCAACACUCGAUGCAAAACAGCCUCUGGUUCUUAUCAUCUUCUCGUUUCUACAGUACGAUACAAUCCCAAAAUGUCCGGUCCAAAAAUCCAAAGUAUUUUUGCAAGAAAUUGCUCUCGUCUUCUUCUUUCUCGAAAGGAGUUCGCCAUUGCAGUGCUACUGCGAGCUAUACAGAUGCAAAUAUUAAUCAUUCAAAUGCAGAGUCAUUUGUACUCACCACUCCACUUUAUUAUGUAAAUGCCCCUCCUCACAUGGGCAGCGCUUACACCACCAUAGCUGCUGAUGCCAUUGCUCGUUUUCAGAGACUUCUCAGGAAGAAGGUUAUAUUCAUAACCGGCACAGAUGAACAUGGGGAAAAGAUAGCUGGCGCUGCAGCUGCCAAUGGUUCCAGUCCAAGGGAGCACUGUGAUUCUGUUUCACAAGCUUACAAGUUACUUUGGAGAGAUUUAGACAUUGCUUAUGACAAGUUCAUUCGAACGACUGACUCAAAACAUGAAGCCCUAGUGAAGGAAUUCUAUUCUAAGGUUCUUGCCAAUGGUGAUAUCUAUCGGGCUGAUUACGAGGGAUUAUACUGUGUGAAUUGUGAGGAAUACAAGGAUGAGAAAGAAUUGUUGGAAAAUAAUUGCUGUCCCAUGCACUUGAAGCCAUGUGUUCGAAGGAAGGAAGACAAUUACUUCUUUGCCCUAUCAAAGUAUCAAAAAAGGUUGGAAGAUACUUUGACAGAAAACCCGGAUUUUGUCCAGCCGUCUUUUCGUUUGAACGAGGUGCAAGGUUGGAUCAAAAGUGGCCUGAGAGAUUUCUCCAUUUCACGAGCAUCAGUGGACUGGGGCAUUGCAGUUCCUAAUGAUGAUAAACAAACUAUUUACGUAUGGUUUGAUGCUUUGUUGGGUUAUAUAUCUGCUCUAUUGGAUGAUAAGGAGAAACCUAAUUUACAAACUGCCAUUUCUUCUGGUUGGCCUGCUUCUCUACACUUGAUUGGCAAGGAUAUAUUACGAUUUCAUGCUGUUUAUUGGCCAGCAAUGCUCAUGUCAGCUGGACUGAGCCUACCGAAGAUGGUUUUUGGCCAUGGAUUCUUGACAAAGGAUGGCUUGAAAAUGGGAAAGUCACUGGGAAAUACACUUGAGCCGACUGACUUGGUGCACAGAUUUGGCUCUGAUGCAGUCAGGUACUUCUUUCUCAAGGAGGUGGAAUUCGGUAGUGAUGGGGACUACUCGGAGGACCGUUUUAUCAAUAUUAUUAAUGCGCAUCUUGCGAACACAAUUGGGAAUCUUCUGAACCGUACACUUGGACUUUUGAAAAAGAAUUGCCAAUCAACUUUGGCUACUGAUUCAGCUAUUGCAGCAGAAGGAAAUGCAUUGAAGGAUACGGUCGAGAAACUGGUAAAGUUUGCAUAUGAAAAAUCUCACUCUUCUUUGUUGGGAAAGGGACACGCCGAGAAAGCCAGAAAACAUUAUGAAAACCUAGAGUUGUCAUCAGCUUGUGAGGCAGUUCUAGAGAUCGGUAAUGCUGGGAAUGUUUAUAUCGAUGGACAAGCACCAUGGUCUCUUUUUAAGCAAGGGGGUUCUGCCUUUGAAACUGCAGCCAAGGACCUAGUGAUUGUAUUGGAAGCAUUAAGGAUCAUAGCAAUUGCUUUGUCCCCAAUCACUCCAAGUUUAUGUUUGAGAAUAUACACCCAGCUUGGUUAUUCUGAAGACCAGUUCAAUGCUGUUACUUGGAAUGAUACAAAAUGGGGUGGGCUGAAGUGCGGUCAGGUCAUGGCGCAACCAAAUCCUGUUUUUGGUAGGAUUGAACUUGAGACUGAAGCGAAAAAUGCAGGGGAUUCGACUAAUAAAGCAAGUAAGAAGAUGAACAAGACGCCGAAGACCCAAAAGGCAGUUGAAGCCUAGAAAUUUUUGGUUCACCUCAGAGGAUAGUUACAAGUUCUUUUAAGAUUGUUUACACUGUUCAUUUUUGUUUCAAUUUUUUCCCAUUUUGGAUGUACAUUAAAACCUUAUUUACUUAAUCUAGAAAGAAUUAUCAGCAUUGUUGAUGAUAUUCACUGUA